AUGGGAGGUGAAUAUAUUAAGAAUUGGAGACCUCGCUACUUCCUGCUAAAAACCGAUGGGUCCUUUAUCGGAUACAAGGAGAAGCCACAGGAUGCAGAUCUACCCUACCCUCUCAAUAACUUCUCUGUUGCAAAAUGCCAGCUGAUGAAAACUGAACGACCAAAGCCAAACACUUUUAUUAUUAGAUGUCUACAGUGGACUACAGUCAUAGAGAGGACCUUCCACGUGGACACACUAGAAGAGAGGGAUGAGUGGGCAGAGGCGAUCCAGAUGGUGGCAGAUAAACUCCAAAGACAGGAAGAGGAACGUAUCCAGUGUAGUCCCACCUCACAGAUAGACAACAUGGGAGAGGAGGAGAUGGACACAUCUAUCAGCCAUCACAAACGCAAGACAAUGAAUGACUUUGACUACUUAAAAUUAUUGGGAAAAGGCACUUUUGGAAAAGUCAUUCUUGUAAGGGAGAAGGCCAGCGGGAAAUAUUAUGCAAUGAAAAUUUUAAGGAAAGAGGUUAUUAUAGCAAAGGAUGAAGUGGCCCACACGCUUACAGAAAGCAGAGUACUAAAAAACACGAGACAUCCUUUUUUAACUUCUUUGAAGUACUCGUUCCAAACAAAAGACCGCCUAUGCUUCGUGAUGGAGUAUGUCAAUGGAGGAGAGCUGUUUUUCCAUUUGUCGAGAGAACGGGUGUUCUCCGAGGACCGCACGCGCUUCUACGGCGCCGAGAUCGUUUCCGCCCUCGACUACCUGCACUCUGCCAAGAUUGUGUACCGGGAUCUGAAGUUGGAGAACUUAAUGCUUGAUAAAGAUGGACACAUCAAAAUUACAGACUUUGGCCUCUGCAAGGAAGGAAUCACUGAUGCUGCUACCAUGAAGACCUUCUGUGGGACGCCAGAGUAUCUGGCACCAGAGGUGCUUGAGGACAAUGAUUACGGCCGUGCGGUGGACUGGUGGGGUCUUGGUGUGGUCAUGUAUGAGAUGAUGUGUGGCCGACUACCUUUCUACAAUCAGGACCAUGAGAAGCUCUUUGAGCUCAUCCUAAUGGAGGACAUCAAGUUCCCCAGGACCCUCUCUGCUGAUGCCAAGUCCCUUCUGUCAGGCCUGCUCAUCAAAGAUCCCAAUAAGAGACUUGGUGGAGGUCCGGAUGAUGCUAAGGAAAUUAUGCGACAUAGUUUCUUUGCUGGAAUUGACUGGCAGGAUGUCUAUGAUAAAAAGCUGAUGCCUCCCUUCAAGCCUCAGGUGUCGUCAGAGACAGAUACCAGAUAUUUCGAUGAAGAGUUCACAGCUCAGAUGAUUACAAUAACCCCUCCUGAAAAAUUCGAUGAAGAUGGGAUGGACUGCAUGGACAACGAGCGACGGCCACACUUCCCCCAGUUCUCCUACUCUGCCAGUGGGAGAGAGUGAGCGCCACGCAGCCGACACUGCCUCGUCCUCAUCAAGGUUCCCACUGGAACAAAUUUUGGUCAGCCCCGGCCCUUUUGACCCUCCAUCGUCCAUCUUGGUUCUUUCAUUUGUUUAGCUAGACCAAGGGAAACUUCUGAUUUAGGGUGACGGGAAUUUGCACGUCGGGUCGAACCGAGGUCCAGCCCGCUCAAACAUCUUUACAGCUCCAGCCCAAAGGUUGGGUCAUGAUGGGAGAACUUUUGCUGUUUGUUAGGAGUUUUGUCUUUAUUGUGUUUCUCUCUUUGAUUUGAGACGUUGCUCCACAUUCCUGAUUCAUUGGGAACUAGUAUCAAGGUGUUUGACAUCCAUUUAGUUCAGAAAAAUACAUACAACUGCAUGGCUAGAGAUUCACAUGGGUUUUGCAAUUCCAGGUACAUGUGAUAUAACUACUCAAAACCGCUCCAGUCUCAGCUGCUUCUGUUGUUACUGUUUUUAAGGUUCACCUUCUGUUAUAUAAAGUCAAAACUGCCAUAAAUGGUUUACUCAGGCUUCACAGAGGACAUCUGUGUUCAGGACUAGCUUUACCCCUCACUGUUCCGUAACUCAGUAUUCCUCCGUACAAAGCCCUGUGGACCUGAGCUAUGCAGCGCUAAACCCUCACUAAAACUGCCCGUUAGAAAUGCUCACUCAAAUGUAUUCACCGAAGGCUUUAUUUCUUACAUAUCAUCCCCUAAAAGCAUUGUCCCAGUUUUUGAUGGAAAAAAUGGCACGUUUGACUGAUGUGGAAUGUUUUAUGCACCGAUAAACAGCUGUGACGUACAGUUGAUGAUCAGACUGAAUUCCCCCAAAGCCCAAACUGUUUUAAGAACAGUUGUGAGAAAGCCUUUCAACUCAAUGCUCAAUAGUGCAAUCAGUGUAACAACGACAACAACAAAGCCAGCAUUAAUGGAAAGAACGACAGGAAGCACUAUUUUUUGUUUUAUAAGAAAAUAAGUAAUUAAAAAAGAAAAUGUAUUUAAGCAAAGUGAAUUUAUUUUUGUCUUUUUGUUUGUCCUUGCGUUUAUUAAGAGUGCUUUCUGAGUCUCCUUUUUUGAAUGAAAUAAAUGCACCUAAAAAGGCUUAUGAAUGUAGAUGGGUCACUGCAAAGGCCUUCAUUUGUUUUUUUUAUUUAGUUUUCCCUGAACCGUUUUCUCUUCACACCAGUGUAGUGUUGUUCUCUGUUUUAUUUCCCCACAGGAGUUUGACUAUCCUCUUGAACAUUGUGAGCAGUCUGAGUGAUGUUGAAAUGUGUUGCUCGUCUUUCCACCAAUGAAAGGGCUGUAAAAGACCAUACUGAUUCCUUCAGAUGGGUUACUGUAUGUUGAAGUCUGUAACAGAGCAGGACACGCACUCCAUUGUGCUUUGCUUGACCUUUUAAUGAGCAUUUAAACAUGACACUGCACAUUCUCGUUGUUUCAAGGCAGGACUGUGAACAAGGAAUCAUUUUGCAUGAAUGCAGAUAUUGAUAAGUCAGAUGCUAUUUUCAAACAGUUUUGAGUGCUAAUGUGUUUCGCUACAUCUAAUAUCAUGUUCACUUUCCUUCCCGAAAUACAGUAGUCCACAAAUCAAAUCCAUCCAUCACAGACUCGUACGCCAAUCAGAUAUUAGCAUAAAAAUCCUUGUAUAUAUGAUUUAUGAGCAUAAAAUGUUUCUGGUUGCAGACUGAUGAUUUACUUGGAUGAAGCUUGUUAAGAUAGUUGAGAAAACCUGGUGAGUGAUGAAUGAGUUGAGAUGGACCGUGUUCUUUAAAUGGGAUCAGAGAGAAAUAUCUGGAUUAUUGAGUAAUAAUUUGAUAUAUGCAGUACAUUUCCUGAUAGUGUUUGGCAAUAAAACCUGCUGUCUGUGUGGGGUUUGUUUUGUGUGCGUGUAAAGAUGGCUCUUGUGCAUGUUGCUGUUGCGUUUAGUGUGUCAGUUUAAUCUGGGCAGGAAUGGCAAAAUCUUUAAUUUCUAUCCGAUUUGGCACUUUUUGGGGAAAUUUGGCCAAGUGCAGCCCAGGUAUGAGGUUGGGGGUGAGAAUAUUCAUAUUGAAGUGGGACAUUAGUGAAGAGGGAAGUGAUACACGAGGAAGGAGUGAGUUUGGGUGGUGUGUAUAUGAAAUGUGAUGUAGAACAAGGUUUGUUAGAGUGGGGCGUCUGAACUGAGGUUUCUUGCAUGUUUGUUAAGGACUGGCAUGGAUUUGAUGACGACUGGUUAAGGAUGAUUCAGAAAGUUUCUGUUCAAAUCCCUCACGCCAAACUGAGCUUUCCGCCAGAAUGCCUGCGUUGAUUGUGAGCAUUGUGAAUUAUCCAGUGGUGUAAUGUGAGAUGCUGUAGCAUGGUACUGUUGCUCUAUUGCCUACUGAUUACUGAUUUCAGUCGAGCUUGAGGAUGUUCUUGCAUUCAAACUGUGAUGUCCAACCCAAUAAUGUUUUCUGACCGCACAGCGGUGGUACUGUGGGAAAAUUCGCUGUUUGUGUCAGUCUUCCAACUUACACGUUUGUCUUUUUCCUCAUUCCUUUUUCUUGUUUUAUUUAUUUAUUGUUUUUGAGAGGAAGAAAAAAAAAAAGUUAAAGAACUACCCGGUUUAAUUUAAUGGGCUUUUUAGACUGC